GACAGCCGACAUCAUCACUCUUGUUCACUGUCGCUCUCGCAGCUGUGCAAAGUUCUCGUUGUCUCCAGCAGUCAUUGCUGCGCCCAACUUGCUCGUUCUUUCAGUGCUCCUCCUCCUUGUUCACUCAGCCAACCUCCAUGGUCGCAUCUUGGGGGUCGUCUCUUGCACCGUUGUUUCUCAGUCAAGAUGGCCUCUAAUUCCGCAACUAACAAGCCGCUCAGGAAGGCACGCGCUCGCAUAGUGCAGCCAGCAUUGCCUUUGAUCCCGGGCUCUAAAUCCCAGAAGUCAAAGCCGAUUGCAGUGGAGCCUGACCCCGAGAAGCAAGACUCAGGUUUAGCACCCAGGUCUGUUACCAAUGAUGAAAACCUUCCGAGGGACACAGAGCCUGGAGCAGACGUAAUCCGUUCCGAUGUAUCUCAAAAUGGAGUCUCUGAAGAGAAAGUGAUAUCUCCGUCCACAGGCUCAGAUCUUGUAACUCCUCAGCCCACACCCUCUGCUGCGCCAGAAGAACUCGCUACAGAAGCACAUGGAGAUAACGAGGACAAUGAAAAAGAGGUGGAAGCUAACGACAAUGGUGAAAAAGCUAGAGAAGAUGUCAGCGCGACGAGUGAGGCUGCAAAUGUUGCAGGUGUAAACAAAGAACCCACGGACGAACCACCAGCAACGGAAAGUUUUUAUGAACAUGAAGCCAUCCCUGAUGCAAACGGCAAUCUGUCUGAAUCUCUCAGGAGCCCAGUUGAAGAGAGUGACAAUCGUCAAGCAGAACCUGAUGUUUCAGGCGCAGUGUUCGCAGAAAGAUCCGAACCCACCCCCACAUCGAUUUAUGUGAACGGGAGUGGUUCAUCACAAUCGCCGCUGGACGAAAGUGGUGCCUUUACGUCGCAGCCAGAAGAGACAAACUCAGGAUACCAAAAUGCGCAGCCACCGGCUUCUUUCCAGGACGCAGUUCGUGAUCCGGCAGUCAAUGGUUACCAUCAGCCAUCCAUCGCAUCCUACGCACCGCCUGUGACUGUGCCAAGAUCAUUCAACGCUCUCCCUUCACUUCAGGAGCAUCUACUUCUUCUCAACGCAACGAAAGAAGGAGUCGACAUCCUCCUCCAAGUGAACCCAACCGACGCACAGCCAUUUGUUAGCUACUCUCAUUCAGUCGUUCUCUUCCGCAGCCUGCGCUUGCGGAGACUGGUGACCCGCCAACAGCAAGCUAACAACAAUUACCCUAGCAAUGUCAUUAGCCUGUAUCCUGCUCGCCCGAUCAUGGCUCACGCCUUUGAAGCUGCAUUGCGCUUCCUCUACUCAGACACAGUCUUGGGAAAGGACUUCUUCGUCCAACCACACCCCGGAGCUGACUUUCAGGCGGUGAGAGUGCACAACCUCGAGUACCUCCUGUCUUACUGGGUAUCUGGGAUAGAACUUGGUCUCGAACCAGUCUCCAUAUGUGCAGAGAGGCUUCUGGCCAAUUACCUCGACUGGGACGUUCUGGAAAUCACCUACAGAGCUGCCAUGGAGCUUGCUAACUCACCCAUGUCGUCACACGGAAAGAACAUGAUUGGAUCAGACUAUCUCGUCGCAAGCAGCUCCAUCAUCAAGCUCAUCCUUCAAUUCCUGGCAACUCACAUUGACAUUAAGAACUACAAACUCGACAGCACCUCUACUACCAGCACCAUCAUCCCAUCUCGCCUGCCUCAACUCGAUGAUGGUCGCCCAAAACACAACCCAGCACUGGCUUCCAUGGUGUUUGGCUCCAUGCCUUCGUCGGCAGAUAUGUCGCCGUCGUCUCCGCAGUCCGAGAUUCUGCCACCCGCAUCGACCUUCAAGGACACGGUGGCUUCUAACAUACUUUUGAAUGUGGACUUUGAGAAUCUCAAUGUCUUCAACAAUUUCAUCCAAGCACCCACUAUUCGAGAUGCUGCCACCACGAAACUCAUGGCCGAUGUUGUCACCGAACGGGAAGCUCGUCGUCAAAAGAUGUACGCGUCUCGCAUUUCAAACAAAGACCGCAUGGCGAACUCUGCCGCUUGGGAAGCUGUUGGGCUGAAGGAGUCGAUCACGGAAGGGAAUGUGCUGACUCGGGAACGUGUCGGGUUCUUGGUUUCGUCCAAAUGAGGAGAAAGAGUGAGAGGCCGACGCAAAAUAAUGAAACUUGCAUGGAAAUGGCUAUGACAGCGUUACAGCAGGCGCGAUUCUUUCAUGUGUGUGUAUGUGCCUUGUUCUUCUACAGCAUAGCACGGGGGAACUUCAAAAUGGCGGGCUUGGAUGGGGCAUAAUGGGCUGGUUAGAAAAUAUGUACGGCACAGCAGUGUCUUUCGAGAUCGAGCUUGGGCCAGGAGUAUUUGGAUCAGAUCACGGGAAAAAGAAAAAGGAAAAGAUAUGUCAGCUGUUGGUCAAUGUUAAUAUGGAGUGAAUUUGAGUCGAUGGCUAGUACUCUUCUACGCUGCGUGUCGGCCUGCGGGAAUGGCUCAGGGAGUUCCAGUGAGAUCUCGCAACUGUUGGGACGGAACCGUGGAUGGCAGGCGUCGGUAUGCAACCAUGCGACCAAACAGACAGAACCUCCAAUACAUAAUGAUUUGUCAGUGUACA